UAUGGUCAAGACAGUACUCUUUAUUUUGGCCUUCCUUGCUUUUGUUGUGGGACUUCGGGCUCUGAUAUGUCCAUCCCAAUAUACGCAGGUGGGCGAGAAGUGCCUUUACGUUUCCAGAAAUAAGGUCAAUUGGAACGCGGCUGCUCGUCAAUGCAGAAAGCUUGGAGGAAGUCUCUUGGUAUUCGAUAACGAAGUCGAGGUGAUCAUCACUACCGCCCACCUCUUGAAUGUGGGAGUUUCCUUCAAUGACAGUUGGAGAUCCUCCGUUUGGGUGGGAAUCGAUGCUCUGGAAAAUGACCACAAAUUCAUCUUGUCCAAAACUGGCGAUGCGAUUUUCUACCCAUAUUGGGCGAAAAAUCAACCGAGUUCAAACAAAAAUGAAAAGUGCGGUGGUUUCGCCAAUUAUGGAUCGUGGGGCUAUUUCAACAAUGCCUGCAGUUACAGUGCUUUAUUUGUUUGUGAAGCAAGGGGUUACUAUCCUUAAUUUUCUAUAUUCUUUACUUCCCAAAACCAACAAUUAAAGUAACAAAAAUAAAGGAGCAAA